AUGGCCGCUCCUUCGUCAGCGGCGAGCACCGCCAACAUCAUGCUGGCAAUCUACGAGAAGAAAACGGUCUCACUCGACCUCUACCGCCCACUCCGCAACUACAUCGUCUACAAUUACUCCGAACGCGAGGCUCAAAUCCUCGAAGACGACCUAGAAACCCUAAAGCAGUACCGCUCCGAUCUCGAAAAGCCCACCGAUUCUCUCCCCUCUCGCCGCGAUUUGCUCCAAAAUUACUACAGAGCCCUUUGCUGCGUUGAGUCUCGAUUCCCAAUCUCCCCCGACAAAGACCACAUCAAUACGGUGACGUUUUCGUGGCACGACGCUUUUAAGAAUAAAUUGAAAGCUUCGCAGCAGAAUAUUCAUUUGGAGAAAGCUGCUGUGUUGUUUAAUUUGGGGGCGGUCUAUAGUCAGAUGGGAUUGGGUGUGGAGAGGUCUACAGUGGAGGGGCGGAGGCAGGCAGUGCAGAAUUUCGUGGCGGCGGCUGGGGCUUUUGCGUUUCUGAGGGACAAUGUGGCGGUGAAGGCGUCGAUGGGGAGUUCGACGACGGUGGAUGUUUCGGUGGAGUGCGCUGGGAUGUUGGAGAGGUUGAUGUUGGCUCAGGCUCAGGAGUGUGUGUUUGAGACUACGAUCGCGAAAGGGAGUACCCCUGGGGUUUGUGCCAAAAUCUCUAGACAGGCUGGGCUGUACUAUGAGGAAGCUUUGGCAGCAUUGAAUGUUGCGCCUCUCAACCAGCAUUUUGACAAAACCUGGCUUUCUCAUGUUCAGUUGAAGGCAACCUUGUUUUAUGCAGAGGCUUGUUAUAGGUACAGUUUAGAGCUACAUGAGAAGGAAGAGAUUGCCGAGGAAAUUGCUCGGUUGAAGAGUGGGGUUAGUGCUUUGUCUGAGGCAAAGAAAUCAUCUUCAAAGGGGGCCGCUCAGCAGCUUUUGGAUGCAAUUAAUAAGCUAGAGGCCAUUGUUAAUUGUAAUCUUGAGAGGGCUGUGAAGGAAAAUGAUAGAGUUUACCUUAUGAGGGUUCCUCUGGCCAGCUCUUUGCAGCCUCUUCCUGCAUUUUCCAUGGUUAAGUCCAUGCCCAUGAAUGAGGUUUUGGAUGCUAGCAGGGAGAAGAUGUUCGCUAGUCUUGUUCCUGACAGCAGUGCAAAGGCUCUUUCCAGGUACACCGAAAUGGUUGAUGACAUCAUCAGAACACAAGCUGAGAAAUUGCAGCAGGGGAGUGAGCUAGCCCGAGUGAGGCUUAAGGAAAUGGAUUUGCCUGAAUCAAUUCUUGCUUUGGAAGGAAAUUUCACUUUGCCAACAGCUCUUAAAGAAGAUGUGGAGGCAGUGCAGAUCAGUGGGGGCCCAGCUGGUUUGGAAGCUGAGCUUCAGCAACUUAAGGAUUUAAGGAGGGUAAACCGGGAAUUGCUGGUCCAGACUGAGGAGCUCUUGCAGAAAGAAGCAAACGAAGAUAUGCAGUUUAGAACCCAAUUUGGGACACGGUGGACUAGGCCUCAAUCCAGUACUUUAACAAAGAACUUGCAAGAUAGGCUGAAUAGGUUUGCAGCCAAUCUGAAGCAAGCUGCAGAAAGUGAUGCCCGGAUUGAGCGCUCAGUGAGAGAUCAUUCGGCCCUCAUGUCAAUCCUGGACCGCCGUCCGAUAGAAUCUGCUCUUCCCAGUCUGGCGAGGCCCAUAAUGUCUUUGGAUGCCAAUGAAGAUGCUAUAGUGGGAGCUUUGAAGCUGAGCUUGAGGCAUUUGGAGACCCUUGGUGCUCAGCGGGCAGGUCUUGAAGACAUGCUUAAAGAGAUGAAGAGGAAG